AAUCAAUAUAAUUAUGUAGUGUUCAAAACGAUGUAUAUAAAUGUAAGCAUCCAUUGGCAGAGUAUAAACAAUUUAAAGACCAUCAUUCUGAUUUAAGGUAAAAAGAACCAAACCAUGGAGCAUGCCACACCAGACACGAUAACAAAUUACACAACUCAUUUAACAACUUUCAACCAAUCUCAGAACAUAACAUCUUGGCAAAGUACACACGUUCCAAUGACAUCAUGGACAAAUUCUACAGACUUCCAAACUACAGCUGUACCGUCACAAGGAGAGAUCCCAGAGUACUGGGGAUUCAUAGCAGCUGGUAUUGCAAUUCUGUUUUAUGGUAGCAAUUUUGUUCCGGUAAAACAAUACGAAACUGGAGAUGGUAUGUUUUUCCAGUGGAUAAUGUGCAGCGGUGCAAUGCUUGCAGGUAUUGUUGUGCAAUUAAUACGUAACCAACCACCGUUCUUUCCUAUGGCAAUGAUUGGAGGUGUUGUUUGGGAGAUAGGUAACAUAUGUGUUGUACCAAUAGUAAAGACAGUUGGUUUAGGUCUUGGGUUAUGUAUUUGGUCAAUGGUCAAUCUUCUCAGUGGAUGGUCUACUGGCAGAUUUGGAUUCUUUGGCGUGACGAAAGCAGUACCAAACAACAAGGCCAUGAAUUAUGCUGGUGUCGCUUUGUGUGUUGCGAGUGCUGUUGUCUUCUCUUUAAUUAAAAACGAUGUAACACCUGCUGAGACUGAGAAUGAACCAUUAGUAUCAGCAGAGAUAUCACCACAAACUUACGGUUCAAAAGGCAAUGAGUCACCCUACCAGUCCAAAAAUGACAAGCACAAAACUAUAAAUAUGGAUGGCCAAAGUGAUGAAAAAUCCUUUAUAGACAGACUAUCGCCGGGUAUGCAAAGAAUUGUAGGGUUGGUACUGUGUAUAUUUUCCGGUGCUAUGUAUGGUCAAAUGUUUACUGGCGCUACGUAUGUUCAGGAUCAUCCAGAACUCUAUCCUGGUGCUACUUUAAACGGUCUUGAUUACGUCUUUGCCGAUUUUUGUGGUCUAUAUAUAACAAGUACAGUAUUUUUCGUUAUAUAUAUUAUAUUUAUGAAAAAUAAACCAAAGAUAUACCCUAAAGUGAUUUUACCUGGAUUAAUAUCUGGCGUUAUGUGGUCUGUUGGAACUAGUUGUUGGUUUGUGGCAAAUAGGUCAUUAUCAAUACCAGUAGCUUUUCCUAUAGUCACAACAGGGCCAUCGAUUGUAGCAUCCUUAUGGGGUGUUAUAGUUUUCAAAGAAAUCCAGGGCACUCGUAAUUUACUUAUACUUUUCCUAGGAUUUGGUAUAGCCAUUACAGGAGCUAUUCUAGCUGGAGUCUCAAGACAUUGAUAUUUUUUGGCAAACAUUAUUACAAUGAAAUGGAAUUUGAAUUAAUUAUAAUUCUGACAAGAUGAAAAUAAUAUUGAUUAUAAUAAUAAGUAGUAGUAGUAGUAGUAGUAGUAGUAGUAGUAAUAGUAAUACUAGUAGUAGUAGAAGUAGAAGUAGAAGUAGUUGUAGAGGUAGAGUUUAUUUUAGUAUUACCGAAUUGUAAGAUAAUAUGUUAGGAAGUUGUUAAGUUUCACCUUCUGUGUUUAAAACAAAACAGUUAAAUCUUGAAAGAUUUGUUUUUGUCUAAAAUGUACAACGAAUGAUUCCACUAAUGAACACAUGUAUGUUAAUAUGAAUAUGUUAAACCGACGUCAAUUAAAAUGCCAAGUCAAUAUCAGACAAAUAUUGAAGAGUAAA